CUUAUUGCCCAAUUGUUGCUCGUCUGUUUGUUUAGGAGCUUUUAGUUUAACGGAGGCAGUAAAGUGCUUCAGAACUGACCUGGGGAAGAUCAGUGUGUGCUUUAGACUGAAACCAUAUAAUAAACAGUUAUUUUAUACAAAAUGAUGACUGAAAAUACUUAACUGAAAAUACUUCAGAUUCAGAAGUUCAACCCCAUAGUUCAUUCAGAAAGAAAUGCACAAAAAUGGAAACAAAAUGAAAAAAACUUGGUAAAUGUAAGUGAGAGUUGCAUUCUCUCUGUAGCAUGAAUGUAACUGUAUUUUAAUUGAUAUUGUUGUCUUUGUGUUCAUUAGUUGGCGAUCUUUAACCACCUACAAAGCAGCCAUGUCGUCGACAUCCCAAAAGCAUAAAGAUUUUGUGGCGGAGCCCAUGGGCGAGAAGUCUGUGAUGGCUCUUGCAGGCAUUGGAGCGGCUCUUGGCAAAAGGCUGGAGGAGAAAGGUUUUGACAAGGCGUAUGUGGUCCUCGGGCAGUUUCUAGUGCUAAAGAAAGACGAGGAGCUUUUCCGAGACUGGCUGAAAGACACUUGUGGGGCAAAUGUCAAACAACAAGGUGACUGCUAUGGCUGUCUGAAAGAAUGGUGUGACGCCUUCUUAUAAAGCAUUAAGUCAUUGUUUUCUACUUCCAAGUCCAAACUGUACAUUGCCUCUUCAGUGAUCUGCACUCUAUUCAUCUAAACCACAUGUACGAAGUGACACUGUACACACCAAUGAGGUUAUUGAAGUCAAUUUAUAUUUUAAAUUGUACUUUAAGCUGUUUGUGUAUUUCUGAAAUCCUUUAACCCCCCCAAACAGAAUUCGCACAUGCCAUUCUCGUGGUCUUUGACAAGUAGGUCUAGACUAAUACCGGCCAACUCUUUCUUUUAAAUUGACAUUAAAUUAGUAAGGUUGGUGGAUAAUCACAAAUUGUUACAAUUCUAUCUGCCUGUAACGUCUACUCACUGUCAGGCCUUUUUAUUUUGAACAUUUUAACUUGUCGUAGUAGUAAAAACAACAAUGAUGGCUUCUGCCCAUAUAAGUCCUGUCACUGAGCCAGCAUGCACAUGAGCAGCGCUGUGACACAUAAAUGUGACUCAGCAUUUAUUAAUAUUGCGCUGUGAGAACAGCCAGUAGACGCACUUCAGACCGAAACCGUCUACUCUCCAGUUUUUGGAAAGAAAACCUGCUCAUGUUCAUAAAACUUACUUUGGACAAGACUAUUUGAAUACGGCUUGUGCUCUCUGUUCAUUUUAAAUGUAUGCUUCAUCCAUUGUUGGUCAUAUACUGGGAUAUUACAUCUUUUAAGCUAAACAUGGUCACCUUUUACCUUCAGACAAAUGUUUAUGUGUUUCAGCUCGGCACACUUUCUGUCUAUUAUGAUGAUUUACCAGUUGAGUCCAAACUAAUAUUUGUACUCGCCUUCAACUCUUUGGCUUCUUGCCCUGUUUGCCUGUUUUUUUUAUCGCCAUGGGAAAGUUGAUGUCAUUAUAUCACAGUUUGGCAUCAUGUCACUGUCCACCAACAAUGUUUUUAAAGGUUUUCUUGAAGAGGUAUGUUGUCUGUUUGAAGUGUCUUGCAGAAGAUGUAACUAAUGUUAUGCGACACAAAAACUAAACCUCAAAACACAUGUGACACUGGUCUUAGCAGAGAAGCUGAUUUUUUUUUUUUUUCAUUAGAAAACUUUUAACAUCUGAUCUUGCAAAUGAAGACGCAACAGGGCCAGACCGCCACAUCUGGUCAAAGCUGGUUUUAAGUCGGGGAAAAGUAUAUAAAUAAAGAUGCAGAUGCAACAAACUCCAACACUGUCAAAAACGUGUCAGUCUGUUGCUAAUGAGAGGGCUGCUGCCUUUACAUCAACAUCGUUAGUGGCUGGCAUGGCUACCAGGAUGUAAGGUUUGGAUUAAACGGUCAUGACCGCCAUCUAAAUCAAAACUAUAACCAAGUGAAUCAAUCCACACCCUGUUAGUCUAUUAGCCGCUAAGAGGCUACAAAGUUGAUAUGCUGUUCACGUGAGAUGGAAUGUAUUUAAAGCUUCAGUGGAAGUUGACCGAAUUUCUCAUUUUGCAAAUCAAAACCUAUCCAGUCUUUUGCUUCUCAAAAGUAAAUGACUGAGUUUCCAGUGGCUUAAGAUGAAAUACCAAGCGUUCUUAGCACUAGUCUGAUUUAGGUCAGGUCUUCAUAGCUGAGCUUGAUAUUCUCUUUGACUGUUUCUAAACAGGAGAUGCCUUAAUGCAUGUUAGUUCAAACUAUUUAUUCAUUCAGAAACUAUAAAAACUGCAGCAGUGCAUGCCCAGGCUGUGCAACUUAAGCUUCCACCAGAUGUAACCGUUGUGUAGCAGCAUUUUGUGAAACACUGGCUAAUGUGUUUUUUAUUUCACUGUAAAAACUCUUCAGUUUUUAUAUUGCUCUUGUUAUUAAAAAUAAAUGAAAGCAAGUAUCAGAUUUGGCACACCUGUUUGUUUUUUAUAUGUUCAUUUAAGAUUCAAUUUUUUUAAUCAAAUAAAAUCACAAAUGAGAGAAUCUUUGAUAACAGGAGGUUUUAUUUCCAUACUUCAUGUUCCAUCGUUACUCUUUUCUCAAAGCACCAAAUUUGAUAUUCGCAAGAUACUGAAAAGACAUUGGUUGAUUAUUUUGUAAUGGUCCAGAGCAAUGGCUCCCAACAGUUUUAUCAUGUUGAAGAUGCCGUGGAGCUCAUGAGAGGGGAGCAAGUCCGAGGGAACGAAUGAAAGCAUUUGUCUUUUUCUUGUCGAUAUGAUUCAACAGAACUAAACCAUUGCUUGUACUGCAGAUGCAGAAAUCACAGAUGAGUUGACACAUUUGAAUUCAAAUAGGAAUUCCCAAGUCAUUCACACGAGUAGAGACGUUAAGCUGAAGGCCCAUCACACCUGAUUGGGUAAAAUGACGAUGUACAACUUUUCUUUAAAAGUAUGUCAUAACUGCUUUAUUUUAUUUGUUUGCUUCAAAUUAAUAUAAAAUAGUUUGUGACACUCACAAUAAUCAAAUAGCUGAUUUUGCUUCAGUGGCUUAGAUUAUAUUUGAAAUGUCCAUAACCCCUGGAAUGUUUGUUUUUUGGGUCUGUGUGCUAUUGAAAUAUAAAAUCUUGAUUUGCCAGUGA